CCCUCUUUUCAUCCCCCCCUCCCCCUCGCUUCGCUCCCUCUACCCCCCCUCCUUGCUCACCUGCCUUGGCAUGCUCCUCUGCCCCCUCCCUCUCUCUAACCUUGCUCCCGCUCUCAUUGCCUCGUCCUUGAGAUUUUGGCUUCCUCCUGGCCGCUGUGGUCCCUAUUCUCUUUCUUUGUGCUGCCGGUAUCAUUUUCAAGUCGCUGUUACAGCCCUCACUUAGGUGUUCGGGCAUCUCUCUGCUCCUUCGUAUUUUCGGUUUGCUCAAGUUUGCUGGAGUUUAGGGUUCAGACACUUCACUUGUGGAAGUGUGAUAUAUGUUUUGAAAAUGACGUAUUGAUCUUUGACGUCUACGCGCAUUCGCGGUUCGAGAACAUCGUGGGUGGGAUUAAUGGAUCAUGACUCGAGCAUAGAUAUGUAUGGGCAGGAGCCCCAGCGAAGGUCAGAAAUCUACACAUAUGAAGCCCCCUGGCCUAUAUAUGGUAUGAACUGGAGCGUUCGUAAAGACAAGCAUAUGCGUCUUGCAAUUGGAUCUUUUAUUGAAGACCAUCGCAAUAAGGUGGAGAUAGUGCAGCUUGAUGAUGAGACUUGCGACUUUAAGGCGGACCCGAAGCUCUCUUUUGAGCAUACUUACCCCACCACUAAAAUUAUGUUCAUUCCUGAUAAAGAAUGUCAAAAACCGGAUUUGCUGGCUACUACUGGGGACUAUCUACGCAUAUGGCAGAUCCACGAUGAUAAGGUGGAACGUAAAAGUAUUCUUAACAAUAACAAGUACAGUGAAUAUUGUGCCCCGCUAACCUCGUUCGAUUGGAAUGAGGCUGAACCCAAGCGGCUGGGGACGUCGAGCAUUGAUACUACAUGUACUAUUUGGGAUAUUGAAAAAGAAGUGGUGGACACACAACUUAUAGCGCAUGACAAAGAAGUUUAUGAUAUCGCUUGGGGAGGUGCUGGUGUCUUUGCCUCCGUCUCUGCGGAUGGGUCUGUUCGUGUAUUUGAUUUAAGGGAUAAGGAGCACUCUACGAUUAUAUAUGAGAGUUCGCAGCCCGACACGCCUCUUCUGCGAUUGGGAUGGAACAAACAGGACCCUCGAUACAUAGCCACUAUCUUGAUGGACAGUUCAAAGGUGGUGAUUCUGGACAUCCGUGUGCCGACUGUACCAGUUGCUGAGCUCCAACGGCACCAAGCAUGUGUCAAUUCUGUGGCGUGGGCUCCUCAUAGCCCUUGUCACAUAUGCACAGCUGGAGAUGAUUCACAGGCUCUUAUUUGGGAUUUGUCAUCGAUCAGCCAACCUGUAGAGGGCAACUUAGACCCAAUAUUAGCCUACACUGCUGGAGCAGAAAUCAAUCAGUUGCAAUGGUCAUCAACACAACCUGAUUGGGUUGCAAUAGCCUUUUCCACCAAGCUUCAGAUCUUACGUGUUUGAUGUAUGCUCUUUGUCUUUAUCUGCCGAGUAAAGUGGUGAUUAGUCACUGGGAGAUUUCUUCUGCAGUCUAUUUACAUCAAGGUUUAUCGUAGACUCGGCUACAUAUUCAUGAAGGAUGGAAUUUUGAGGUUUCCCUGGCGGGAGACGUCAAGCUUUGCUCUUUCUGUGUGCCAUUAGCUAAUCAACCGGUUGAUCAACAAUCAGUAGUUCAAAGAUAUUCCUCAUGAAAUCAUUGUAAAAUCAGGUAACUUUUUCUUGGAUAAGCAAACCUUGAUGUCCUUUGUUGUGAAGCUUCAACAGAGGUCUCUUUGUUAAUUAGGUUUGCAGACUGUAAUCGGCACCUGGUUUACUUUCAACCUUCCAAGUCAGAUGUUGACGUUGUACAUAAAGGUCCGAAUUGCUUUUCUUUGAUA